UUUCAGUAUCACAACAGAUUGGACUUGGCCGGGGAGAAGUGUGUGUGCGCUUUACUCCGGAGCUGCUUCUCUGUUUUCAUUUAGUUCAACCAGCUUUUUACACUUUUUCUUUCCCUGCCGGAGUCUGUCAGUAAAGCUCCAGGAUGGUCAAAGUGUCUUUCAGCUCCGCUUUGGCCGUGAAAGAUGUGAAAAAGGACGCAGAAAGUCUUAUUCCCGAGGAGGACAAAGAUGCUGAGGCAGCUCUGCCGGUGCGUCACCAGUCUCGGGCCUGGUGCUGGUGCAUGUGCCUCGGUCUGGCCCUCAUGCUGUCCGGAGUGGUGGUUGGAGGGGCCUACCUGUACCGCUUUUACAUCCUGGAGGUGAGCUACCAGCCCCAACAAUGGUGGGAACCAGAGGAGGGCCAGGUGUUUGUGUGCGGGGUCGGCUACCGCGAGGAAGACUUCAUGAUCCAGGAGGAAGACGAAGAGAUUGAGGUGCAGCUGCCAAACCAGUUCCAACUGCGUCAGCUGGAGGAGACGAUCCGGGUGCUGGAGAGGGAGCAGGUGGAGCUCAUCAGCGUCCCCGUGCCCGAGUUCGGCGAAGGAGACCCGGCUGACAUCGUCCACGACUUCCAGCGGAGGUUGACCGCCUACCUUGAUCUGAGUCUGAACAAGUGCUACGUCAUCCCGCUCAACACCUCCAUCGUCAUGCCUCCCAGAGACUUUUUGGAGCUGCUCAGCAACGUCAAGGCCGGCACCUACCUGCCUCAGUCUUACCUGAUCCACGAGGAGAUGAUUGUGACGGAGCGCCUGGAGCACGUCGACCAGCUCGGCUACUUCAUCUACAACCUCUGCCGCGGCAAAGACACCUUCAAGCUGCAGCGCAGAGACAGGAUUCUGGGUAUGCAGAAGCGUGAAGCUUUGAACUGCCGCAAUAUUCGUCACUUCGAGAGCGAGUUUGUGGUGGAAACGCUGAUCUGUGAGCCUUAAGAGUCCUUGUAGCAUCAGAGCUGCUCUUAAAGUCACUGGCGUGCAGUGAGAUCUGUUUUUUUUUUUUUUUAAACCCACCUGUCUUUUUUUCUCUGUCCUUUACUUCAGGUAGUUUGACUGGUUGAGAGGAGUGAAAUGUGAAGCUGUUUGGUAAAAAUAUUCAUUGAUUGUGAUUCCAAAAAAAAAAAAAAAAAAAAAAAAAAAUAAGGCAAAGAGUUUGUGUAUUUUUCCACUUUUCUGUACGGGGGUCUUCUUGGAAUGUUUUCAUAAAUAACUAGUUAAAAGUCAGCUGAUUAUAAAGAGUAAAUUAUUUUAAUCAAAAUAACUGCAAUUAUUAGCAUGAACGCGUAUGUCAGUAGUCAAGGGUAAAUUCAGUUGGCCUUUCUUUCAGUACAAACAUAUUAAGUUUCAGGAGAAAGUGCGACUUUUAUACCACUCAUCCUGGUUGUUAAAGCAGAUCAGUCCAGGGAGAGGUUUUUUUUGUAUUUUGUCUGCUGUAGCUAUUAAUACACUGCACCUGUUCUUUCUUAACUGGAAAAUGAUCUUAAAAUAAGAGUGUGAAAACGUGCUUCUAUUGUUAAGCUUUAUGAGAAAUAAAAUCCACAGCAGGGAGUUAAAACACACUUAUUUUAAAAUCUUUUUCUCAAGGGUUGUCUGUCUUUUUUUGAAUGUGUACUUUUUUUUGGAUAACUCUUCCUGUUGUACUAAUUUGUGUAUAUAAUCUCUUUAAAGAUACGAACAGACCAACACAAUAAACAAAAUAGAAAAAUACAAA